AUGGCGACUGAUCGCACGCCGAAAUAUCGGCAGGAGAUCCAGCAGAUGAUGUUUGUCUCUGGAGAGACUGCUGAGCCAUCUGUUGAAACAACAACUCUCAUUGAAGAGAUAGUGCGACAGCAGGUUAUUGAAAUACUCGCCCGAAGCACAUCGUUGGCAACCCGUCGAGGAGUCCGGUCUAUUUCAACUGACGAUUUGAUCUUCCUCAUCCGUCACGAUAAAGCAAAGGUAUCACGUCUCAGGACGUUCCUUUCAUGGAAAGACGUCCGCAAGAACGUAAAGGACUCCGACGACAAAGGCGGUGCCGAUGCGGCCGACUUCGCUGGAGCUGACGAUCCACUUGCUGGUGGAGUUGUGGCUGGACCACAAGAUGUCGCGUCGAAACCCAAGACUAAAAGAGCCAAGGUUGGACUAGCUUGGGAUGUGAACAGUUUCUAUUCCGUUCAAGUUCCGGAGCGAGAAGACGAGGAAGAUGAAGAGGAGGAAGAGCAGAAUUAUGCCACUCUACAACGUCUUGCGACGGCAGAUGAGCGAACAAAGAACAUGACCAAAGAGGAGUAUGUGUUCUGGUCAGAGUGUCGCCAGGCAUCCUUUACGUACCGUAAAGCCAAACGUUUCCGCGAGUGGGCUGGAUUCGGCAUCGUGACUGAGUCGAAACCUAAUGACGACAUUGUUGACAUUCUCGGUUUUCUUACAUUUGAAAUAGUGCAGACUUUGACGGAAGAAGCACUUAAGGUCAAGGAACGCGAAGACCACGAAAAGAAGGGCCGAGGAGGCGCUGAGAACGGAACCAGUGAAGCCACCAAAAAGCGCAAGCGGGAGACUGGUCUCUUUGAUCCUCCCGAAGAAGGGCGUACUCCAAUUGAGCCCCGGCACAUUCGUGAGGCAUAUCGUAAACUACAGGCGACUCCAAACAAGGCUGUCGCGAUGCUUCUCCAUAAUGGGCGUAUACCCGCACGUACGCCGCUGAGGCUGAUUUAA